UGUUUUCGCCCGUCCCACGUUUUGAAUGUUCUAAUAUUAUUUUUUUUAAAUCGUGUUACUAGCGCAGUAGCGGUGUUUCACAAUGGAUUCGUCCAGACUCUUCUAACAGGGGAGUGAAAAAAAAAAAAGUCGAAUCCUCACUCUCCCAUUGAUUGUCGACUGCCAUCUAUCAACCCCUGAGAAAGAAUGAAUGCAAAUUAUGACAUGCCAUUUAUCUGAAUAAUUAUAUUUGACAAACUUGGAAGCUAGCGCGGAGGGUCGGAGUCUUGCAGACGCAGUCCGGACCUCGCAGACUGCGGAUCGUUUGCCUCGCCUCGCAUUGUGUGAUCGUUGCAGUCAACCUUGGGACUGACCGGCUGGACAGUUAGGCCGAACUGGACUUGGAGUAUUUUUCCACCUCUCUUUAUUUUUAUAUAUUUUUUUUUUUGAAGACAAAAUUUUUGCCGUACUUCUGAACUCGACUCUCUACAGUCUUGUGUAUGUUCUCAAGUAUAUGGAUUAACGAACGCUUGGAGUUUAGGAUUUCUUCACAAACAAAUCUUGUUUUGGAUUGCCUGUGAUGUCCAUUGUACUGGUCAGUGUAUGAUGGUUCUAAGUUCUUUCAGGCUGAGAAAUUUCACAUAGUGACUUGAUAAGCUUUUCUGUCCCAUGUAUUAAGAGGUCAGCCCAGCAUAAGGUACUCUGCGGCCAUGAAGUCCAGUAGAAGAAAACAGACCAACCCAAAUAAAGUGGCACCAGGGGCCCGAGACCUGGACCCCCUUAUCAUGCCCUUGCUUCCGGAAUUGGAGGCACCCCUGAGCCAAAAGCAAGAUGACUUAGAUAAGACUGAUGAAUCAGAUGACGGUUCCCAGUCACCUAUUCCUGUGACCAAUGGUCAGAAUGUAGACUACGAGCUUCCAUUGGAUAUGCAUGUGUCACUUAUUAGCUGCCCUAACUGCAAUGACAGUUUCCAGAAUCAGAACGACCUUCACCGGCACAGGCUGGAAGCCCAUGGGCCUGAAACCAAAAAGCCAAGGUUUGAAGGCCCACGCGAAGAUUACCCCACUGCCUAUCAUCGUUUGGGUAGGGAGCUGCUAGAAAGUGCAGAUGUCCCCCUAAGCAACGGCCAUUUAGAGUCACCGCCUGCUGCACCUGUGAUCAGUCCGCCAGCUUCUCCUAGCAGAGUCCCCCAACCACUGUCAUUGAAAGUUCCUCCACAAAUAGUAUCCCCGCAAGAAGAGUGUGAUUUUCCAGGCCCUCCCAGAUCGCCACACACUCCUCCUCCGACAACACCUAAAAUGUCGAAAGAAAUGCACGGGGAGCUGGUCAAAUCUGACAGAAUCUUUCACAUGGACGCCUACUGUGAGCUUUGCGACAGAGAGUUCUGUAACAAGUAUUUCUUGAAAACUCACAAAGCCAAUAAGCAUGGCAUUUAUGAAGACAAUUCCCCUCCAGCUACAAGCGUGCCACUUCCUUUUCCCGGGCUCAUGCUUCCUCAGGAUCACUUGUCACCUUUUAACUUUAAGAUGGAUUCACUAAAACCACCACCAGCAGAUAUUUUGCCCCCAUGGUCAUUCAAACUAGAUUCAGUUCCACCUCCAAAGAGGUCAGAUAGUUCUCCCAACAUAAAAAAUAUGGAGCCAUUGCCUAUGUUUCCUAUGCCACUGCCAAAUCUUGAAAGCCCUAAGCCGAACAAUAGUAGUAGCAAUCCUCGAAAUGAUUUUAAUUUAGACCAUUCUCCACCUUCAAGCAACACAGUCACACCAUCCUCUAAUGCUACUUCUAUUCUCACGAAUAUUACCAAUAGCAUCAAGAGUGGCCCUCCUUCCAGCAGCGUCACCUCAUCUAAUAACGACCCUAGCAUGGAAGACUAUUGCCACAUCUGUCAGAAGCACUUCUGCAAUAAGUAUUACCUCAAGAAGCACAAGCAGGAUGUUCAUGGCAUCGCGCCAGAAAAUCCACCCAGUACGACUAACAAAAGAUCAAGGUCUAGUUUGCUGGACUUGCCAAUGACCUCUUCAAAUCACAUGAUGCUUCCACAACCAUUAGCUAGCCUCGCUGGCAUGCAUAAUCUUCCAGGUAUGCAUGGUCUACCAAAUAUGCACAAUAUGCCCAAUUUGGGCAACAUGCCUCCAGGAGUUAUGGUCAUAAACCCUUAUACACUGCCUCCAGUAGCUAUCAUUCCAGCUGGUUCUUUGAUGCCUGGUCAGCAGCUUCCACCUCCUCCCCAUCCCAUAAUUUCCCAGCCUAUGAAUAUCACCCCAAUGCCAGACUCUGUUCUUUUACCGCCAUCUAUGCCAGCUUCUUCUCCUCACAUGAAUAAUCCUGCUGGGCAUUCACCCAAUAAACCUAGUCCUUCCAUGCAAGACGGAGGAGUGCACUGCAACAUUUGUGCUAAAGAAUUCUGUAACGAUUACUAUUUACAAAUUCACAAAGAGAGCAAACACGGAAUCAGGAAAAGCAUGGAAGAGUCUCCGCGUGAAAAGCAACCAUCUUUUGUGAAAGAAAAUCGAAAUGAAGGGAGCAGACCGAGUCCUAAUUCUUUUCACAAUCUUGGCAAAAAUGAACAUUUAUUUGGGCGACCGAGAUCUCCAGUGGAACGCUCUUCUAGCGUCGACAGCAAUUACUUCAUUUGCAAUAUAUGUAAUAAAGAUUUUAAUAAUAAAUAUCUAUACAGAAUCCACCGUAUCCACGAUCAUGGGCUGAACGAGCUGAUAGAUCCAACCUUAGUCGAAAACGGGGAACUUCUGAACAAGGAGGAUGCCAUGAGAAAUAUGAAUGAGUCACUUAUGAGAAUGGCAGCUGAUGCUUCAGCGGUAUGCUAUGCCUCUAGUUUUGGACAUCCGCCUGCCAUGAAACCACAAGAAACUGUUGUUUGUGACAUUUGCAAUAAGGAGAUGACUAAUCAAUAUUUCUUGAGGCUUCAUAAGUUCAAUGUCCAUGGCAUCGACCCAAGCAAUAAUGAUAAGUAUGAAAGAAAAUCACUAAAUUCUCCUAUCCCCCCAAGUUCUAAGCCUAAAACUCCAACAUCCUCAGGCAGCAUACCCUCCUCUAACCUGCAACCUAUGAACCUGGCUCCGCAUCCUCCAACCAAGCCUCAUAUGAUUCCACCUUACCUUCCACCCAAACUUGACUUCAAAGACAUGCCUCCUUUUGUCGAUUUCGGCAGAGACUUUAAAGGUUUUAGAGACAUGCCAGCCUUUUUGGCUGACACCAUCAACCAUGAGCUAUUCGCUAGAUCUCAAAACCACAGCCGUCACAUGGACUUGAACUUCUUUGGCUUACCUCCCCUUGGGAAACUCCCCGGGGAGGACAGCAUUAAACUGAACUUUGACCCGGAAGCAUACUGUGACAUUUGCAAAAAGGAAUUCUGCAGCAAAUACUUUCUAAGGACUCACAAACAAAAUAUUCAUGGAAUCAAAAGUGAUACGACCUCAUCUGUCAGCUCUAAGAGUUCAGAGAGUGAAAGAAAUAAUUAUGUUUCUCCUGUCAAACCUAGCUUACCUCCAAGUAAUAGUAAUGGUAAUAAUAAUUCUAUUAAUAGCAGCAACCACUACAGAAGCAAAGAGGGCAGUGAAAAAAGUUUGAGCUCUUGGAGGUGGAAAGAGCCGGUCAAUUCAUCUCGAGUCAUCUGCGAUAUAUGCAACAAAGAAGUCUGUAACAAAUACUUUCUCCGUACCCACAAGCAGAAGAAACACGGGAUUGCUCCAAGUGCCCAUUCCCCAAAUGUCAGCAUGAGUGGUUCCCCAAUAGCCUCUGAUUGCGAAACAGCCUCUAACGCCUCUAGUCAGCCCGAUGAAAGACCGUUCAGACUUGACUCAUCAUGCCUUCCUCAAAUGAUCCCACUUCCCCCUGCAGACAGAAUGAGUGAUAAAUUCAGUCUUAAACCAAUCAACUUUAGCAAAAGUAAAGAUGACAUGGUCUUAAACAACAACAUUGAGCAGAGCGAGACAUGCAACAUCUGCAGCAGAAGAUUUAAAAACAUGGAAUGGCUGAAAGAUCACAUUAUCAAAGAUCAUUCAGAGUCAGAAGCUUUGGAUAUGCGCUCUAAAAACACAUCACGGAUCUACACUUGCCAAGUAUGUGGAAUAGACUUCCCUGCAGAGCUAUCCGUGCAGCUCCAUUUGAUUCAGGAGCACAAUGCUCGAGUCACUCUGGAUACGGAGGAGCCAUUAAUCCCAACAGAAGAGCCAAGCCUGCCUAACGGUGAAGGCAACAUUAGCAAAGUUGCUGAGCUUAGCGCCAGGUGGGGCCUUCGAAAAAAGUCGAGCAGCUACAGCCGUCUUAAAAAGUAUGUUUGUUCCCGUUGUGGAUUUGACACCCCUUGGCUGUCCUCUUUACUGGACCACGAGAGGUGUGAACAUGGCCUCGUUUUCGAUCAUUCACCUUCUUUCACGUGCAAGCAAUGUCACCAAGUUCUUCCAUCUUUAAAUACAUUAUCAGCCCACUUGGUCAACGUGCACGGGCUUGCGAUAGAGAAUGCUGUGAAUGAGAUUAAAAACACUGAGCCAGAGUUUCCAAAUACGUUCAAGUGUUCACAUUGCUCUGCCGUCUUCCCAACGCGCUCAUGGGGAAUGGCUCACGUGCGUCAUGUUCACAUUCGGAACCGAAGAGAUCUCCCGAUCAAAAACUCAUUCGAAAAAACGUUGCUGCGUUGCCCAUCCUGUCCCUUCAAAACACACUUUGCCUUCCGCCUGCAGAGGCACGUGAAAUUCAGGCACCAACGCAGCCUGCGUGCUGGGAACGGGCUGAGCCGUCCUCUAAGCUCGACGUCCCCAACCCACUUGGGGAGAGCCAAUGACGUGUCCACGACCUGCUUGUCCCGGCUGGACAGCUGCGUAAGCACAACCGCAAUCUAUCAAAGCAUUGCUGCUUCUCUACUGUCAGGCCCUAAAGGUCGAUCUGAUAGUCCCCUGAGCUCCUUAGAGAGGGAUGACCUUAUACUCCAAAGCUACAAUCUUCCGUUAGGACCCAGCUCGAUAGAAUCAGCACCGUUCAAAAUGGCUGCCCAGUCUUCGGCUGCCUCUGCUGUGAUAGGGUUAUAAACGGACACUGAAAAUACAUUUCUAUAUAUAGUAAUAUUUAAUGAACAGUUUUAUUCCUUUUCUUUCAUUCCACCCGCUGUGUUUGUUUGUUAAGACUAUUUCACACCUACCUUUGUCUCGUGCUAUAAUUCAAUAAGUCUCACUGAUGAGAAUACAAACUCUGCCAGAAAUAUGGUACUUCAUUUCAGUGCCGUAACAAACUUGAUUGGCGGUCAAUGAUAACAAAAAAUCAGCCAAAUUGGCUUCAAGACAAUACAACAACCUUCACACAGCAGAGCAGAAGAAUUGUUUAAACUCCCUUAAGUUCAGAAUGUCAUUAAUUGUGUAAAUAUUCUCACCGUAGAUCCCCACCCUUUCCCCACCCACCCCGCCUUUUCCCAUACUCCAAUAAGAGAAGAAAUUAAUUUCAAAAUCUUAUAAAAAAUGUAAAAAAACAACAAAAAGAUAAAUUUUAAGAAGUAUCGAUGUUUAAUUCUUCUCAGCUCUAGACACAAAUAGAUGUGAACUUGAAAUAUUUAAUAUUCCAGACACUUUUUUUUUGGACAAUUACUUUUUUAAGUAUUACUUUUCAUGGUUAGGUAUGUUGAUAAGUAUUACUUCACAUGAAAUGAAUGGAAUUGAGGAUAUACUCACCUUAUAGACAUUGUUUUUGGUCUACUACAAGCUGUCUCUAUAUCAUUUUAUAUAUAUAUAUAUAUACAUAUUACAUUUAUAUAAAUAUAUAUUUAUAUUUAUAUAUAUAUAUCUAUUACUUUAUUGAGCGUUAUAAAACCUCAGGUAUUAUGUGUGAUGCAAGAAAUGACAUGGCCAAUGGACAACUCCCUGCCUACCGACCAGUGUGCACUUUGGCCUAAGUGUUUAAGUGUUUUUGAUCUGUAUUAAAUCUUUGAUCUUUAAGUGUGUGUGUGUGUGUGUGUGUGAUCUUCUUUUGUAAAUUUAUGAAGUAACAUUUUUUAUAUGAAGUCAGACAUGUGCAAUGGAAAGUUUCAGUUUAUCUUAUUAACAUAAUUGUCAUUACUGUUUUUAUUAUAAUUUAUACACAGAAGACAAGGAAUGUUGUACUAAUCAAUAUUAAUAACUAUGCCCCCCCUUUUUUUUAUUAGAAUAUAUAAUAAUUUGCCCCUUUAGAAUGCAUAGUCAGUAGUGUACAUCUUUUUAUUAUUUAUACCGGUACGUUACAUGUGCAGCCUUUGGGCAUAUGUAAGUACAAGUAUUGAACCGGUUCGCGUUGAAAUUUUGAUUCGCGCAUGUUGAACAAACAUAAAAUUGAAAUUGAAAAAUGGAUUUUUGGUUGGUUUUUUUUUGGUCAUCUUGAAGAACGCAGUAUUCUCCAUAACCUCUAUCGCUACCCCCUUCCACCUGCCCCUAAAUACUAAAAACAAAAAACAAUGACCCUAUAGUGAAAGGCGUAACCUGUUCUCGUCAAGACGAAGGCUCUGAGCUUAUUUAGACAAUUAUCUUGUCAUAGCUAAAGGUAAUAGAUAUUGAUUCCAUUCUGCAACAGUAAGCCGCUGUUACUGUGUACGCUUAAUAGAUGAUCAACUAGCGCUCAAGAAGAAAAAAAAAGUUAAAUAGCUGAAUGCCUGGAAGCGACGAUUUAGUCUUGUCUGCCAUUUAAAGUUAACUGCGCUGUUUGUGGAGUAGAAAUAUAUAUAUAUUUUUUUUUAAAGUGGCAACCGAUUUCCAGUUGUCAUGAAAUCAGUUUAGUAAGAUUUGUUUCGCUAUAAACCAGCAAUGAAUAUAAAGUUGUUUUUUUAAGUUCCGAUCAGAGAUCCAAAUAUCUAGUACGAUAUAAGGGAGGAAAAAGUUGUUAAUUGUGAAAUAUUCUCCCUAGGAAUCAAUAAGCUCUUCAAUUCGUUUUUUUGUUCUUUAUGAUCUUGUGAAAGGGGCAAGGAAGGCGGGGGUGGAAGGGUUCUUGUGAUUUUUUUUUUUAAAUUCUGACUUGAUUCUUAGUUUGAAUGGUGAAGUUGAUUUUAUUACGGAAUGUUGAUUUAGCAUGGAGCAAUUAGCUGAGUGCUUUGAUACAUAAAUAAUUCAUUUCUAACCUAUUGGGUUGAAGCUGAAAGAUAUCAGUGCACUUCAUAUUCAGAAUGUAUAAACAAGGAUUCCUCUGAUCCAUUGCAAAGCAUUACACCUUUCCAUAUUCAUGUAACUUUACAAAGCAAUUAUCUAUGUGUGAAAUGAAUUUUGACUAUAAAGUAUUUAUUUUACAUGGUCAUUAUGUUGAAAUACUGCGAGACUGUAUUGUGAUUUUUCUAUAUAAAAUAAAUACCAUAUUUAUAUAUGAAUAUAACAUUUUAUUCUUUCUGUAAGCAAUACUGAUGGAUACAACAGGUACGAGUGUUCCAGCUACAAUCAUCAGGAUUGUAGAUUGGUCAAUCAAAAAUUUUAAAUUGUUCCCUCUCCCCUUCCGAAAACAAUAAUUCUAUUGAAUUUUUUUUUUUUUUAAUUUAAAUUUUUAAUGUGUUUUGUUUAUUAGCGUGAGAGAUGCAGGUAACAUGAAAAGUGAACUUUGCUGGUACAUAAUAAGUCUAGUCCUUGUAAGCACAACGUUCCUAGUCUGUGGGUUGAUAUUUGUGUAAGCCUAAACCUUGAGGGGUCGGGGAAGGAGGAUACGAACGGCUUUGAAAAGCUGGUGAUAGAACUUCUGGCUUAAAAACUUAUUUUCGCUGUUAAAAUAUUUUGUCAGGACUAAAUCGAUCUGUUCUGUUUAGACUUUUUUUUUAUCUCAUUUACUUGCUAUAAUCUCAAUUUGGGAUCUUAACAAUUUUGUAUCUGGUCUAGUCAAUAACGGUAUGUUAUCAUUUUAUCGCGUUAGAAAGAGUUUGGUUUCCCUAUGUAGAGAAACACUAUUUGCAAUAAGUAUUUUUAAAUAAGCGAGAUUUAUAUGCAAUGCAAGUAGACUGCAUUUACCUAAAUGUAUUGUCGAGAUUUAUGCAAAUACUGGGCUAUUUGUCUAAGUGGUAUUGGUUUAUUAGUUGGUAGGGGCUUACACUUGUGUAGAUAUGAUGGUAUGAUACAACAUAAGUAUUAGUUGAAAAGUAGUUUGAUAAUAUGUUUAUGUUUUAUUGUAAUUUAUUAAUAUAGUAAUAUAGAUCUGGAUCUCUGAGAAUAUAUCCAAUAAAAUUAAUCAACAGGAUUUCUACGAACAUUGAUUAAGUCAUUAAUCCAUCCCAGCUUUUAAAUUUCUAUAUAGGUCAACUGGGUAACUGCUCUGAAGGUUUGUCCCGGUUGCGGUAUUAAUUAUAAUAAAAUGUUCGACCUAAAAUGCAAUCUUAUUUUUUAAUACAUUAUAAAGCAACACUUUUCCAUUCAUUUAUAAAGUCGUGAAUAUUAUUAUUUAUUUAUCGUGUAAGUAAUGUACAAACAUUUGGAUUCCUUUUGAAAAUGCCUUUGUUUCGUUUUUCGUUUAAAAUAUAUUUUAUGUUGAACUAUUUAUUAAGGUUUUUAUAUUCACAUGUGUACAGUAAUGAUGACUCCAUUGUCCUGAGUACUUCUGUUCCAUGCGUGAUAUUAUUCUAAUUAAUGUAAAACAGAAGAAUGAACUUUAUUUAUUGUUUAUUGUUUAUUCACUGUAUUCAUUAAGAUCAAUAUAAUUCUUUAAGUGUUCUAUCUUCUGUAUUUGUAUACACACACGCAAGUAAUAAUUAUACUUUAAUAUGCAUCGAUAUUUUGUGUAUCGAUAUCCGUGAUGUGCCGAAGUUAAUCGAUAAUGGUCGACUUCAUUUUAUAUAUCAAGUGUGUGUGUUUUUGUGAGUUUGAUUUAUGUCCACUAGGCCCAACCACCAGCGUGCAUAUGGAUUAUCACCCUUUUUUUUUGUUUUUGAGUCUUACCAAUAACCAUUUGUCUAUUGUAACCACUUUAUGCUAACGCAAAACAUUUUUUUUUGUACUUUGAUCCUAGUAAAGUCAGAAUCAAUACAUCUGUUUGCUAUGAACAAUGUCUCUGGGCAAUUAUGCUUGUGUUUGUUUGUUGUUGUUUCUUUUCAAGAUAGUAAAUUGAUUCUUACUUAAA